UAUUGCUUUAAUAGUAUAGCAAUAAUAAUAAUAACAAUAAUAAUAAUAACAGGGCAGGUUUCUGAAAUCCAGCCCUCCUAGUAGCCUGAUCCCCUUGAUGUGGGGUGCCUCUCCAGGUCUCCAGGGAUGAGCGCUGGCUUGACGCGCCAGGGACCUCACCUUUCUCUUUGUAUGUACAUGCAUGUAUGCCACUGUGUUUAUUACAAAUGUCAUGCAUAUUUACUGUAGAAAAAAAUAGAAAACCAAGGAAAACCAACAAAAGGAAAAAACCCUCUGAAAUCUCACCACUGAGAGGUAAUUUGGGACUGGACUUUCCUUCCAGUCCUUUGUGCGUGUGUGUCUCUGCUUUGUGAAAAUGUGAUUGUAGAGUUUUGCUACCUGUUUGAGUCUUUCAUGAAGUGUAUGUGGACCCGCCUGGGUCUGUCUCCCAUCUCUAAUCCCAUCUGCUGUAAAGUUUUCUGUUUGCUAAAGGGCAUGGGAUAAGGAAAGACCACCCCCUUCUUUUCCCAUGCUCAUUGUCCAAUUCUACUCCUAGUGUCCAGCAUAACAUGAGGAAGAUGCCGUAUCUGGCUCUCCUCUCUGUAAUUUUCUCUCUUAUUCGCCGUCUCCUUUCCAGACCUCUCAAGUUAACCCUGACCCUUGAGGUCUCACUGGGCUUUAAAUGAGGCCUUUGUAAAGAGAAUAACCCAUAACACAAUGGAAAGUGUGAGCCGAAUGGUGCUUACUUCUCAAAAGAUGUGUCCAUUUUAUCUUGGAGAGAGCUUGAGGAAGACUGGAUUUGCAGGGGAAGCAAUGUGCAGAUACCUGGCCUCAGGUACUCCAGCUGUGCCUCCUCUUUGUCAUCAGCCUCUCAUCACCUGGCUGAAUCGAGAAACUUCAAACAGCAAAAGUUCUAAAAAGUAACACCAAAGGUGGACCCCCCGGGCAUUGCCCAGGAUGUAACAGAGGUGGGAUAGCCUAGGCCUCAACUCAAGGAAAUGUUUCCACUUGUAUGGGAAGGAGCUGGUGGACCUUCUAGGGCUGCAGGGUGGAAAUAUCAGAUAAGACAGGCAGGUUGAGGGGGGUGAGGUGGGGGAUCUGGAGAGACCCACUUUACCCAGGACACACAAAGGAAAAAAAUGCAGGCUGACCUUUUGAAUUGUAUCCUGAAGGCAAUGGAGAAGAUAUUGAUCAGGAAGUGGUUACUGACACCAGAUUCCGCAGGAGAAGCCUGGUCAGAGACAGAUGGGCUUGGGCCCCAGGAAGAGAAGAACUACAGGGAAGGCGGUUCCUCCCAUUCAAAGGUUCUUGGUUCAGCUGAUGGUGUUCCUGAUCAGCUUCAUAAGCUCCGUGUUCUGUGGCCACCUGGGCAAGCUGGAGCUGGACGCAGUCACGCUGGCGAUCGCGGUUAUCAAUGUCACUGGUGUCUCAGUGGGAUUCGGCUUAUCUUCUGCUUGUGACACCCUCAUCUCCCAGACGUACGGGAGCCAGAACCUGAAGCACGUGGGCGUGAUCCUACAGCGGAGUACACUCAUUCUGCUCCUCUGCUGCUUCCCCUGCUGGGCGCUGUUUCUCAACACCCAGCACAUCCUGCUGCUCUUCAGGCAGGACCCGGAAGUGUCCAAGCUUACCCAGACCUAUGUCACGAUCUUCAUUCCAGCUCUUCCUGCAACCUUUCUUUAUACGCUACAAGUUAAAUAUUUGCUCAACCAGGAGGGAGAAGAGUGGGCUCUUCAGCUGGUUCUCGUGUUCACACGUGGUCUCUUUCUUGCACACCGUGGAAAGCACUGUCAGGGAUGGAGGGUGAGGCUGCUCUGGGAAGAAGACCUUGGUCUGCUGAGGACGGUACGGGAAGGGAUGAGUCUCCCCUCCUCACCCAGUGGGGCAGGGAGAGGCGCAGGAAGGUACCUCCCUCUCACUGGGACUGUUCUUUCCAGAGGCUCUGCACUGGCAAAUUUGAUUUCCCAGUACACCCUGGCUCUACUCCUCUUUUUCUACAUCCUUGGGAAAAAACUGCAUCAAGCUACAUGGGGAGGUUGGUCCCUCGAGUGCCUGCAGGACUGGGCCUCCUUCCUCCGCCUGGCCAUCCCCAGCAUGCUCAUGCUAUGCAUGGAGUGGUGGGCCUAUGAGGUCGGGAGCUUCCUCAGCGGCAUCCUCGGCAUGGUGGAGCUGGGAGCUCAGUCCAUCGUGUAUGAGCUGGCCAUCGUUGUGUACAUGGUCCCUGCAGGCUUCAGCGUGGCUGCCAGUGUCCGGGUAGGAAACGCUCUGGGUGCUGGAGACAUGGAGCAGGCACGGAAGUCCUCCACCGUUUCCCUACUAAUCACAGUGCUCUUUGCUGUAGCCUUCAGUGUCCUGCUGUUAAGCUGUAAGGAUUUUGUGGGGUACAUUUUCACUACCGACCGACACUACACAAACAUGGAACGUGCUAAGAAUUGUUACCUGGAGGAGGAAGGGCUAGUACUGGGGCAAACUGGAAGUGCAUUGCAGUCAGACAUCAUUAAUCUGGUGGCUCAGGUGGUUCCAAUUUAUGCUGUUUCCCACCUCUUCGAAGCUCUUGCUUGCACGAGCGGUGGCGUUCUGAGGGGGAGUGGAAAUCAGAAGGUUGGAGCCAUUGUGAAUACUGUUGGGUACUACGUGGUUGGCCUCCCCAUCGGGAUCACGCUGAUGUUUGCAACCAAACUUGGAGUGAUGGGUCUGUGGUCAGGGAUCAUCAUCUGUACAGUCUUUCAAGCUGUGUGUUUUCUAGGCUUUAUUAUUCAGCUAAAUUGGAAAAAAGCGUGUCAGCAGGCUCAGGUACACGCCAAUUUGAAAGCAGACGUGGCUCGGAGUGGGAAUUCCGCUCUCCCUCAGGACCCGUUUCACCCAGGGUGCCCUGAAAACCAUGAAGGAAUUUUAAUGAACGAUGUUGGGAAGACAGGCGAGACUCAGUUGGAUCAGCAGAUGCGCCAAGAAGAACCUUUGCCGGAACAUCCACAGGACAGUGCUAAGUUGUCCAGGACACAGCUGGUGCUGCGGCGAGGGCUUCUGCUCCUGGGGGCCUUCUUAAUCUUGCUGGUGGGGAUUUUAGUGAGAUUCUAUGUCAGAAUUCAGUGACGUGGCAGGAAAGAAAGUCAGGUCAAGUGAUGCUUUUGAGCUUACACACAAUUGCCAGGCCCACCAGUGACAAUUUACUUUGAGUUAAUGUCAUUCAGGUGUACCCAUGGAUUCUGAGGGUUGGGAAUGCAAAGAUACAUUUCUCUAAAAAAAGAAAAAGCAACUAAGGUUAAAAGCUAUAUUGUGGCCCAAGACACUGUCUGAAAGAUGACAUGAGUAAUGUAAUUCACCACUAUCUGAACCAAGGACCAAUGUGCUGACUGCAUUGGCCGAUGGCUUUGCUAUUUUUUUAGACACAAACCCAUAAACUCAGUGCUUAAGAAUUCAUACUGCCUGAAUUAUGUGAAAUAUAUUUUACAAUAUAUCUUUCCUUGGGCCUUAGAUUACUAUUCACUGGGCAAAUGGUAUUUGUUUUUUUUUUUUUUUUUAAAUAGACGGAAGUCUUGCUCUGUCACACAGGCUGGAGUACAGUGGUGCGAUCAUAGCUCACUGCAGCCUCAAACUCCUGGGCUUCAAGCAAUCCUCCUGUGUCAACCACCAGAGUAGCUGAGACUUCAGGGGUGUGCCACCAUGCCCAGCUGGCAUUUGUUAAUCUUCAUUUGAGGUCUAGAUCUAGGCACUGUUGGCACUGAAAAACAGUUGGGAAAUCUUUGGAGCUGUGGAAAUCCAAACAAGAACGGAUAAUUCCUGGUAGGGGUGUGUGCAUGACCUACUGCAGCCUCAACCUCCAGGGCUCAAGUGAUCCUCGCAUCUCAGCCUCCUGAGUAGCUGAGACCACAGGCGUGUGCCACCACGCCUAGCUAAUUUUUUAUUUUUUGUAGAGACGGGGUCUACCCUUUGUUUCCCAGGCUGGUCUUGAAUUCCUGGGAUCAAGCGAUCCUUCCACCUUGCCCUUGCAAAGUGUUGGGAUUAUAGGCAUGAACCACCACGCCUGGCCAGAGGACAAAAUUUUAAUAAAGGUCUUAGCUUAAGUAGUAAUCCUACUUCAUUAACCUUCCUGGGGCGGGGUACGCACCGAUAAUUCAGCAAGCCUCCGUACAUACUAAGUAUGCUCAGUGCUGUGAAAGUGGAUUACACCAAAUUAAGUUAUUCUUAUCACACCCAAUUAAAAGUCAAGAAGCCAGGGAUAAAAGCACCCCAGGCAUAUAACAUUAAUCUAGUAAUGUAAUUCUCUGCACAUCCAGCUGGUGAAACUGCCUGCUGUAAGCUGAGACCAGCUUUAUCCAUAACUGCUGAGAUAACUUGCUGAAGCUCUAGGAAUAAUUUCGCCUGCCCGGUUGCUCACCAGUUGUAGCUUGCCAGCUCCCAGGACCCUUCCCGGUGCCAAUAAACUUUCUCAAAGAGCUAUACUGACAUUUCUUUUGAUAAAACCUCCAGCCUUCUGUGUUGUUCCGACAUACCAAGGACCACCUGGUCUACAUGGAUGCCCUGAACUGCAAUUCUUUCUUCCCAAAUAAAGCAUUAAAUGGA